GGGGGCACUCGCAACAGCCCGGGACAGCGCCGGCAACGGGCGCGGAGCGGAUACAGGGCAGCCGGGCCGCCACGCUCCUUUCCCCUUCGUGCUGCCCGGACCGCCCUCGGGGACGGCACGGGGAGCCGCCCCCGGCGGGGAAGGCGGGGCAGUCGCCAGGAGGGCCGAGGACGGGUGCUUGGCGGAGCCGCAGCGGGAGGUCGUGGACCCCGAGCGCCGGGGCUCUGUGUGCCUGCACACCCCGAGAGCUGGAGUUCUGUGUACCCAUACACUCCGGAGCGGGCGGCCUGUGUCCGCACACCCCGGCAGCGGCGUCUGUCUGUCCCCGCAGCCCGGGAAAGGAAGUAUGCCCCGGGCCGCGCUGGGGCUCCCUCUGCGGCUCCCGCUGCCCCUCCGGGAAAUGUCCCUGGCCCAGGUCAGCGCGUCCCGCCCGCGUGCCUUCUGUACAUCUGUUAGCUUCGCCAAUAAAACGAGACAUGACCCUUUCUUUCUUUGCCUGUUUUCCCCCCACUCUCUCCUCCCAGCCCCCACUGCCCGUGGCUCCAGGCCCCAGCCUGUUUUCCUGCCGAGCGGGGCCGAGCGGCAGGAGGAGGUUUCCGCUGAUAGGCUGCGCCCCCCGUCAAGCACUGCCGCCGCCCUCUGUGGCUGCGAGUGGAGGUGUAACCCAGGCUUCCGCUCGCGGGCUCGGCUCCGCGGCUGCGUCCGUGUGUGCUCUUUGGGAUCCAGGUUGCUUGAACGAUAGAGUCAGUCCUGGAUUGUUUGUAGCCUUUUGCUUCAGCUGGCAGAGAAGAGAAAAGGUGGACACGGACCUGCAGCAGUUCUUCCUGUGAAAGGAAGAAAUAUUGGACAUUGUUCUGGGAUAAUUUGCGCGUGCUUUGUCCAGAAAGGGCCUCUCAAACAAGCAGUAGACAUCUGGGAAGAGAACUGAGGAAAUCGUGAGGUUUUUUCUUCUAGCUGUGUCGAGCACAUCACCCUUGGAUUCUUUUGUCCGCAUGGCAUGGAUACAUAGCUAAAUUUAUGAAGUUCUGAAUACUUCAGCUGCAAAAAUAAAGUGCUUUCCUCUUUUUACGUACUCUUUUUCUUCUCGGCAACAUUCUAUCUGAGUCAGAGGCUUAACCAGUUUUGUUAACUGGCUGCAGGUUAAAUGUGGCCUGAGUCACUGUGGGGACAUUGCUGAAAAGUUUCAUGGCAGAUUUUUUUUCCCCCUUAUUUCAUUUUUUAGAUUUUCUGACAUAGUCUUCUCUCAUUUUGCAGUGAGACCGAUUUUAUAAAUGAAGAAUUUAAUAGAUGUUUGUUUAUACUUGUUUCUUUUGUAUUUUAUUUAAUAUUUUUCUUGAAAAAUGUUGUUGUUCAUAAGCAGUAUGGAGGUAUCCAGAUAACUGUUUACAAAUGCCUCUGCUACCGGAAGGUAGGAAAUUUCUACAGUUCAUAUGUGAAAUUUGGAUUUUUGAUAUCACAGUCUGUGGAGUAAAAACUGUAUUUAUUUCACUUGGAGCUGAUGCUGCAUACAGUGGUAUCUACAUGCAAUAGACAAGAGAAGAAACUGUCAGAGAAAAUAAAAGGCUUUUAAGACAGACAUUGGCAGACUUUGUAAAUAGCCUUGCAGAAUCUGUAAGCGAGGAGGAUGGGUAGCUGAUUUCUGUGCGGUCAAAUCUAUGUCAAAGUGCCACGAAUGUAGUAUCAACAGGAACUCGGGAUACUAUCUCAAGGAAAACAAACUGGAAAAAUAUAAAUCACGCAGUACUAGCACCUUGUGUCGUCCUCUUGGAUUAGGUUUGCAUUCAGCAGAGUGCUACUGCCGGAAAGAAAAUUAAGAUGGACAGAGCAACUUAAUUCAAAAAGCUUUUUAGCUGAGAACAUGAGGAAGACUUGAAUCUCCUUCUAGAAAAAUUUUUGCAUGAAGAAAUAGGCAGCCAGUGUCGGUGAGCUGUGGGAAAAGGUCUUUUUGCAAAAUACCUUUUCCAGUCCUUGAUUACUUGGUGAUCACGCAAUCUUUUGUGCAAAGGAUAAAAGGGACUUGCCAUGAGGUGCUAAGCCUUUUUUCAGUGAUUCGGAGAGACUGGACCUAAAUGGCGCAGCAUGACUUUGCUCCAGCCUGGCUUAAUUUUCCUACUCCACCAUCAUCAACAAAGGUCUACCACUUAUGCUCCUUUGCAGUCAUCGCUGAAUUUUGAGAAACAUUCUGAAAAUUUUUCAUGGACAGAGAAUCGUUAUGAAGCAAAUCGCAGAAGACACAAUUCUUCGGAAGGGUUUGAUCCUAACACUGGAAGGCCAAAUGGAGGGCAUUUUGGGCGAAAAGAGAGGAAUGGUUGGCGUUCACAAGGCAGAAAUGGUCCAGAAAAUAUAAACCGACGUGGAGGGUACCAUGGUGGAGGUUCCCGUUCUCGUAGCAGCACCUUCCAUUGUGGAAAAGGCCAGGGACUGCAUGAAAACAGUGUACUUGAUAAUGAAACCCGGAAAAAGGAAGAAAAAGAAGUACCCAACCAGUUUGAGGCUGAGGACUUCCCAUCUUUAAACCCUGAAUAUGAGAGGGAAUCAAACCAGAAUAAAUCUCUAGCUGCAGGUGUGUGGGAGUACCCUUUAAAUCCUAAAUCUAGAUCUCAGAGAAUGCUGGUCAUUAAAAAAGGCAGUACAAAAGAAUUGCGGAUAUCUGGAUUCCCAGUAGUGGGAAGCCUUCACUCGCAGCCGGUAAGGAAUGGAACUGGCACAAGUGUUUAUAAAGGAUUAGUCCCCAAACCUGUAACUCCACCUGCAAAGCCCACACAGUGGAAAAGCCAAGCAAAAGAAAAUAAACUUGGGAAUGCGUUUCCUCAUGAAUCUGCAUAUGGUGUUGGCAGUUUCAGUCCUUUCAAAUCAACUGUCAAGGCAUUUGCUGUAACACAAAAUUUAGUGAAAGAGUGUAAUCGGUCAAAUUCUUCAUCCCCUGUUGACAAAUCUGGUCAGCUUCGUUUAACAAAAUUGACAAGAAUGCGGACUGAUAAGAAGAGUGAAUUUUUGAAAGCAUUGAAAAGAGAUAGAGUGAAAGAGGAACAUGAAAAUGAGAAUCAUGAUGGGCAAGAGAAGGAUGAUGCGUCCUUCAGCUUGCAUAACAACAACAGUCCUCAUGGUGAGAGAGAUAUAAACCGAAACUUUGAAAAUGAGAUUCCGCAGGAGAACGGCAAUGCUUCAAUUACACCUCAGCAGAUCAUUCAGUCUUCAGCUUUCCCUCAGGCAAAUGUUCUUUCAAGCUCACUUGAGGCAGAGCAUAGGUUGUUAAAGGAGAUGGGCUGGCAGGAAGACAGUGAAAAUGAUGAAACAUGUGCUCCACUAACUGAGGAUGAGAUGAGGGAGUUUCAAGUCAUUAGUGAACAGUUACAAAAAAAUGGCCUUCGAAAAAAUGGCAUUUUGAAAAAUGGCCUCAUCUGUAAUUUUAAAUUUGGCUCCUGGAAAAACAGCACUUUCAAACCUGCUCUGGAGAAUGAGGAUUCUGAGACAAGCAGCAGUGAUACAUCAGAUGAUGAUGAUGUGUGAAGACUUCUGUAACAUCUGUAGAAGUCCAUUUGUUCUUGUGAAGAUUGGGGAUGUUUUGUCCAAGAACAAAAAUUGUCAUUUAUGUAGUAACAUGCCCACUACAGAAAGAAUAAUGGGACUUUCCUCUGAAGGAAGCAAGGAAUGUUCUGUUGGGUGUGUUGAAAAUCAUUAUAAGUUCUCUGUAAACGAAUGUUGUAGAAUGAGGCCUUGUGUUGACCCAGUGUUGACUUCCAUCACUGAAGCAUUUCUGACUAGCAGUGUGACAAUGUUACAAAUCAGAGUUUCUCACUUAAUAAUAAAAGCAAAGAAUUGUGUAAUGUCUUGCAAAACUUCUGUCUUAAAAUGUCUAAGGAAGAAAAGGGCAGCUUGACACAGUGUUUUGCUUGCCAAGUCAUUUUUUUCUUACAGUGGAAAUCAGUGAGUCCACUUUGUACGCAAAAAGGGCAAUGUAGCAUGUUGGCUACAAUGAGCAAAGUGCACUAAAACUCUUCCUUAACUGAGUUGUUGAACUGUUCUACAAAUAACUGCUCUUUAGCCAUUGGUUGUGUUGUCGGUGUUAUUAAUGGCAAAAGACCCUGGUGUUACAGUUCCAAAUUUCUAGAAUUAACUUUUAAAUUGAAAGCUUUAAGGGGUAUAGCAAGACCCUUAUUCUCACAGUGACUUGUGGGAAAAUAAGCAGUUUGAUUUUACUAUUUGACAUGUGGAAAAAUCAUUACAGUGACUGGAUUGAAUUACAUGGGAAAUAAACUGAUUUACAGAGUA